AUGAUACUGAUUGUCAUGAUCAUCAUCCCAUUUGUUUAUCUUAAACAACACAAGAAAAAUGAAGCAAUACAGACAAUUUUAUCAACAACUUUGAAAAAUACAACAAUCAAUACUGAUGUUUCUAUAACAUCAGUUUCUACUUCAACAAUAUCAACUUCACAAUUAAUGUUUGAAAUGAUAAAAAUCAAUGCAUUCGAAAUUUGUUAUUCUUACUCACGUUCUAGUUUCAUUGCUGUCGGUGAUUUUAAUAGUGAUAAUUGUGCAGAUAUCGUGCAUUAUACAUGUGAUCGUGAGAAUAUAAAUGUUGUGCUAAACUAUAAUGAUGGAUCUUUUCAAGUAUCAUAUAUAUUUUCAUUUGACGAUGGAAAUCAUCCAUAUAUGAUUAUUGUUGACGAUUUUGAUGGUGAUGGUCGUUUAGAUUUCGCCUUCACCAAUAAUGGAUUAUACAAAAUAGGUAUUCUACUUGGUGAUGGAACUGGAAAUUUUGGAGAAUUGAAAACAUUUUUAAAUGAAAAUCCUGGUCAAUCAUUUUCAUUUAUUUCGAAUGAUUUUAAUAAUGAUGGUCAUGUAGAUAUUGUUACUACAUAUUAUUCCGAUGAUCAAAUUGUUUUAUUAUUAGGGGUGGGUGAUGGAACAUUUGUCAUUGAAACAUCAUUUUACAAUAAUUUCUGUAGUCGUCCAACUUCAUUUGCUACUGGUGAUUUUAAUAAUGAUAAUCAAAUGGAUCUUGCAGUGACUUCUUCAGCAAAUUAUCUUUGUAUUUUACUAAAUACUGGAAAUGAACAGUUUGAUUUAUCAAUGAUGGUUCCAACUGAAACUUUUAACUUUGCAUGGUCAAUUAUUACAGCAGAUUUUAACAAUGAUAAUCACUUGGAUAUUAGUAUGGUCAAUUUUUUGAACAAUAAUAUAGCUGUUAUGUUUGGAAAUAAUGAUGGAACUUUCGGAACACGAAUGACAUAUAAAACUGGAAUAUUAGGUUCUUCACGUUAUCUUAUUACAGGUGAUUUUGAUAAUGAUGGUCAAUUAGAUCUUGUUAUUAAUAAUUAUGUCGGUAGUAGUAUUAAUAUAUUAUUCGGUAGUCAAAACGGAACUUUUACCAGUCAAAUAACAUUUACCGUUGGUGGUGCACCACUUUCAAUCGCUAAAGGUGAUUUUAAUAACGAUAAGAAAUUGGAUCUUGUUGUUACUUUUCAGAAACAAGCAUUUUUGAUUAUCCUUUUGAACAAUUGCAAUUUUGAUAGAAGAGAAUUUGUAAUGGAAGAAAAAACUCAUUUGCCUAUCGCAUGA